UGUGUACUUCCGGUUUGCUGAACGCUGGGCAACAUGGCGGCUCAGCGGAGGAACUUCAUGCAGAGUGACCAGAGCUGGACAGAUGACUUGCCGCCGUGUGAGAUGUGCGGGGUGGGAACAGCGCCAAACUGUGUGUACGGUCCAGACGGUAAAGGCACCCAGAGCCACCCCAACGAGGACGGACACCUCAGGUUCAGAGGAGAGGAGGGCUGCUUCCUCUACGGCGUCUUUAACGGUUACGACGGCAGCAGAGUGGCCAGCUUCGCCUCCCAGUGUUUGACGGCUGAACUGCUGCUGGGUCAGCUCAACUCCAGUCACACAGACAACGACGUCCGCAGGAUCCUCACACAGGCGUUUGAUGUUGUGGAGAAGAGCUACUUUGAGACGAUCGACGACGCUCUGGCAGAGAAAGCUCAUCUGUCCAACUACCUACCACACAACGAGAACAUGUCCUUCCAUCAGCUGUCGUCUCAGAGUCAGAAGGUUCAGGAGCGUCUGUCUCAGCUGGAACAGGAGGUUUCUGGGGGGGCUACAGCCGUGGUGGCUCUGAUCCUCAACAACAGAGUCUACAUCGCUAACGUUGGUACGAACCGGGCCCUUUUGUGCAAGUCCAGCAGCGAUGGUCAGAACCAGGUCCUUCAGAUUGGAAGACCACACAGCACAGACAAUGAAGAGGAACUGCAGAGACUGGCUGCACUGGGGGUGGAUUCGUCUCGUGUGAGGCAGGCCGGUCAGAUUGCAGGCCAGAGCAGCACCAGGAGGCUGGGAGACUACCGUGUCAAAUUCAACUACACCGACAUCGACCUGCUCAGUGGAGCCAAGUCCAGGCCAAUCAUUGCAGAGCCAGAGAUCCAGGGCAGCUACUCUUUGGACGGGGUAACGGGCUUCCUGUUGCUCAUGUCAGAAGGUCUCAUCAGUGCUCUAGAGUCCGCCCACGGCCCAGAACAAGCCAAUCAGGAAGUGGUUGCCAUGGUAGCAGCAGAGUUGGCCCAGCAGACCAGUCUGGAGGCAGUGGCUCAGUCGGUGGUUGAGCGCAUUAAAAGGCUACACCAUGAUGUCUACGUUUCUGGUCGUCAACGAUCGACGUACUGUUCUCGACACGAGGACAUGACCCUGCUCAUUCGCACUCUAAACUACCCCCCCCUGGACGACGGAGCCCUCACACCCACACAAGGUGGGCGUAUCUACCCAGUGUCAGUGCCCUAUUCCAACAGCCAGAGCACCAGUAAGACCAGUGUGACCCUGUCCCUGGUCAUGCCUUCCCAGAGUACACUGACCAAUGGAACCAACACCGCGUCCACUCUGGAGGAAGGAACCCCCACCCCAGGUAGUCAGAGUCCCACGGCCACCCUCCAGUCCACCAACACCCAGACCCAGAGCUCCAGCUCCAGUUCUGGGGACGGCAGCCUGUUCCGGCAGAGGGGCAGUCAGGCGGCCCAGCCCGACGAGACCGGAAGGGUCCCGCCCUACGUGGACUUCAGCCAGUUUUACCGACUGUGGGGGAGUGACCACGGCGACGGACAAAGCACGCAUGGAGGCCUGGGACCCCAGUGAGGACCAGGACUGGAACCAGGACCGGAACUAGGACCACGGAACUAGGACCGGAACCAGGACUGGAACUAGGACUGGUUGGCGUGGACACACAAAGAUUCUGAAGUGAUUGGAUUAAAACAGGCAGUUGAUAGGACUGAUUAAAUACUAUUUAUGUUUUAAAAUUUAAAAAAAUAAGUGACAAAGGU